CAUUAUGUUAAACCAAAAAUGUUGGACUCCAACUAAAGCCAUUUUCCAUUCUGAAUCAGAGAAAAAUGGAUGGGGCAUCAUCAAGCAUCUCUCAUCCUAAUACUUCUGAUGAUCAUCAUUUGGUUGAUGAUUUCUACUUCUCGGCUCUCUAUGAUGACGAAGAAGUAUUUCCCAUCUGUGAUGAGAAAUAUGCCCAGGAGUUGCAGCUUCAAGAGGCUCUCAUGUCAUCUGCAAUCUCUUCCUCCAAAGUCCCAAUUAGUAUUGACCAAUUUGAAGUAAAAACACCCUUUGAAAUACUGAGGGGACAAUCUUCUGGCUCUGGAAGCUUCUGCAUGAUCUGUAUGGAUGUGAAACCAAGUGGAGAAAUGUUCACAAACAAUAGCUGCAACCACUCAUUCUGCACUGAUUGCAUUGGAAGGUAUGUUGCGACUAAGAUUCAGGAGAACAUUUCAAUGGUUAAGUGUCCUGAUGUGAAAUGCAAAGAGGUAUUGGAGCCACAGUCAUGCAGGUCAUUUAUUCCUCAGCAAGUGUUUGAAAGAUGGGAAAGUGCGCUUUGUGAAUCCUUGUUUCUGGCUUCAGACAGAUUUUACUGCCCUUUUAAGGACUGCUCAAUGAUGCUUGUGGAUGAUGGAGGGGAGGUUGUGACUGUUUCGGAGUGCCCCAACUGUCGCAGACUCUUUUGUGCUCAAUGCAGGGUUGUGUGGCAUGCCGGGAUUGAUUGUAGCGAGUUUCAGCAGUUGAGUAAGGAUGAAAGAGGGAGGGAAGACAUCAUGGUGAUGGAGCUUGCUCAUCAGAAGCAAUGGAGGAGAUGCCCAAGGUGCAAGUUCUAUGUGGAAAAGACUGCUGGUUGCUCACACAUUACUUGCAGGUGUGGAUUCGAAUUUUGCUAUGGCUGUGGAUCCAAUUAUGGGCACUGUAAUGGAUGUAAUUAA